AUGGUUGAGAGGGAAAGAGUGGCAGCCGGAGAGGAGGUGGCCUACCUGGGGCUGAAGCCCCGGUUCUUUCUAAACCGCUUCCUCCAUGGGGUAUUCUGCAGCGGCGCCUUCCGCCAGGCCAUGAAGGAGGGAAAAGGAAGGCAGCGUAAGAUGAAAAUCCUCAUUUUGCUGCUGACCGGGUUGUUGAGCUUCCUCCUUCGUCUCUUCUCGGUCAUACGAAACGAAGCAAUCAUACACGAGUACGACCCCUACUUCAAUUACAAAUUAACAAAUAUUUUAGAAGAAAAUAAUUUUUACUACUUUUGGAAUUACUUCGAUACAAAGUCCUGGUUCCCUCUGGGCAGAACAACAGGACAAACUUUAUUUCCUGGACUGAUGUUAACGAGUCAUUUCAUUCACAAACUUUGUAACAGUGUUGGCGUGCUAGUAGAUAUAAAAAGUAUUUGCAUUUACAUUGGACCCUUAUUUAGUUUCCUUACUUGUAUAAUAACUUAUAUGCUAACAGUGGAAGUGUAUAAUUUUGAAGGGGCCGGAUUAGUAGCAGCUCUGUUUGUUUCCAUCUCGCCUUCCCAUGUGUCCAGGACAGUAGCAGGAUCCUACGACAAUGAAGCGAUUGCAAUAUUUUUACUUCUUCUAUGUUUAUAUACUUGGGUUAAGUGCCUGAAGGAAGGGACUCUCCUGUCAUCUCUCCUCUGCUCACUCAGUACCUACUACAUGGCCCUUUCAUGGGGUGCAUAUAUAUACAUUACUAAUUCAGUAAGCUUAUAUAUGUUAGUAAUAGUCCUACUAAAGAGGUACAAAUUAAAAAAUAUAAUCUCCUUUAAUGUGUAUUAUGUAUUAACAAGCAUCCUUUGUCUGAAUAUCCCAUGCAUUGAAAAAGCUGUUUUUGUCAGCAUCGAGCAUCUUGGCACGCAUGCCAUUUUUCUGCUAACCAAUGCAUUACUCAUAGCAACACAUGUGAUUAUUUUUAUCUUUACAAAUAAGCUAUCUUGGAAUCAUAGGUCUAGAACCCUACUAGAUCCUACUUAUGCAUUUAAACACAAUCCUAUCGUUGCAUCCAUUUCGGAACACCAGCCUACUACAUGGUCUUCAUACCUAUUUGAUAUACACCUUGUUUUAAUUUUUGUGCCCAUUGGACUGUACGAAUGUAUGAAGAAGGAGGCCCCGAUGGAAGCUUUGUUCUUGGGCAUUUUUUUCGUCCUCUGUUUGUACUUUUCCGCCCUCAUGGUUAGACUGCUUUUAAUAUUUUCUCCCAUCGCCAGUGUGUUGAGCGCGAUAGGCUUGUCCUCCCUUCUGAACCGCUACGUGCGCUUCCUGCGUGUGCCUCCCAGCACGUACCGGGCGUCUCUACUAAUUCGAAGCGAGGUCCCCCAUGGGCAGAGCCAUGCGUGUGAAGACCAUUACACGGAUGAGCAAAGCUCCACGGGACAAGUGGCUUCCGAGGAGGAGCACCGAGGAGUGGAAGACAGCUGCACCGACGAAGAGAGCGAUACUGUUAGCGAACCCUUGAAUAGGUCCAACAAUGCGUUACCAUCACGAACACCACACAACCGCAUUGUCAAGCUCCCCUUCAACCGAACGGAGAACACCCAGGUGCCUAUCCUGACGAGCCUGUGCAUCUUAACCCUCUUGGGCUACUUGAUCAUGUUAACCAUUUUGCAUGCCACCUGGUGUUCUUCCAUCGCUUACUCCGAAUCUAACAUAACUUUUUAUAGUCGAAAUGAAAAGGGAGAGCGGUACAUAAAUGAUGAUGUGAGGCAGAUGUACAAAUGGAUUCAACAGAACACAAAAGAAGAUUCAAGGAUAAUGGCUUGGUGGGAUUACGGCUACCAGUUGAGUGUCAUGGGAGACAGAGUAACCUACGUAGAUAAUAACACCUGGAACACUGAACACAUUGCGACGGUUGGGUUGAUUCUAAGUGUAAAUGAAAAACAGGCCUACGAAUAUGUGAGGAAGCUAGAUGUGAAUUACGUCCUCGUCUCCUAUGGAGGGUAUUCAAAAAAUUCUUCAGAUGAUUUGAAUAAAUUUUUGUGGAUUCUAAAAAUAACGAACAAACAAUUCAAGCAUAUAAACCCACUCCUAUACUACUACCAUCACCAGCACCACCCCCUGGGGAAAAAUGCAACCCCCUUCAUGUCGAGCAGUCUCCUCUACAGGCUCUCUUACUUUAACGUGUCCAAUGGGACACGCAAGGGGUACGACUACAUACGGAAGUUGGAGGUCCCGGAGGUCAAGCCACUGCAAUACUUCGAGGAGGUGUUCACGUCCGACGUGUGGGGCUUCCGCUUGUACAGGGUUAGACAAGACGUGUGA